UGGUGCGCUGUGUUCCUCGGACACAGUGGAUCACCGAUCCACGGAAAGAGCCGAAGAUGUCGGCUCGGUCAUGUGAUCAGCUGUGUCCAAUCACAGCUGAUCACAUCAGCGCCACCUGUCAGUGUCCAUCAGUGACAGCUGUCAGUGCUCAUCAGUGCCACCUACCAGUGCCCAUCAGUACCACAUCAGUGCCACAUAUAAGUGCCCAUCUGAGCUGCCUUUCAGUGCCACCUAUCAGUGCUCCCAAUCAGUGCUACCUAUCAGUGCCACCUAUCAGUGUGCAUCUGUGCCGCCUAUCAGUGCCCGUCAGUGCUGCCUAUCAGUGCCGCCUAACAGUGCCAGUCAGUGCCACCUAACAGUGCCAGUCAGUGCCACCUAUCAGUGCCACCAGUCAGUGCCACCUAUCAGUGCCCAUCAGUGAUGCCUGUCAAUGCCCAUCAGUG